CCUCCGGCGGCGCGGUGCCGCCAUGUCUCCCAGGGAGAAGUGGUGGAUCGUGUUUACCUCUCUGGUGGUCUUUUCUUUCGCAAUCCUUUAUUUAACACUUUAUUUUAUCCCGUAUAUUUUUUACGUUGUGUUUAUAUUCGGUGGUAUUUGUGUCGCCUGUUUUCAUUACAUCGGCGACUCGCCGUUUCAUGCCAGGUUAGGCCCUCAUCCUCGGACAAGUCUGGUAAUCCCACCGGUAUUCCGACGCUGGUUACCGCGGGGGACUGCCAACGGAGUACCGACACCCGGACGAGUACACCGGGAUCGUCUCAACAAAGCCAUUCAAAGGGAUUCAUUUUUGUCAGGGGGUGAGGGACGCUUGCGGAGCCCUGGCGAUUUUUAUAGAGACGCAGACACAUUUAGUGACUCGGUGGUGUUCAGUCCCCGAGACAUAUUCAUGGGGAGUUACCUUGGAAAACAGGAUAGUCCUUUACCCGCCGGGAGAGCCAGUGGUGGUGGUUCCAGAGAGCUCCGUGAAAGACUGUCUCGACCCAACCACGCAGUGCCCACCCCGAGCAGAAGACUGUCAUUCAGCAGGGAGCCCAUCGCCACGACGGGCAGAUUCACCAUCACCCCUCAACGACACUACCCCCUCCAGCAAGUAGGCUCCCCGUUGCUGGGUGUGCUGCCCCCCACUCGGUGGGAUGGCUACAGAAAGAAGGCCGUCCUGACGCCACGAAACUCGCCGGCAGCCCACAGCCCCAUCACCGUGAAGAUCGCACGCCCGGACCGCGCUCGUUCCCCCCUUUAUGACCCACUGAAUUCGCCGAUGUCUCAUCCUUUGGGGAUGAGUGCGGCUGCUGACCCCUGCGCCCGAGAGACUGUCCUCAAUAUUUUGAAGGAAAGCCGCAAAAGAGGGGUAGAAGAAGAUGAGGAGCGAGUCUGUCCUUCUGAGCAGAAAAACAAGAGGAGACGUAGUGACAGUGGUGGGAGCAGUCAUUCUGCCUUUGAGCCUCUCCUUGCCAAUGGAGCCCCCUCCCAGCUGGUGCCCAAGCCCGGGAGCUUGAAGCGGGGUUUGAACGCGUCCGUGAUGGAGGAGUCCCUCAUAAAGCGCAACCGCACCUCCUCCAUGAGUUCACAGACUAGCAGUUUGGACCCUUGCGGAGUCCUCGGUUCGGCCCGAAACCCCAUCCGCAGCUCCUACAGCUCCUCGCAAGGAUAUCCUCAGCGCAAGGCAGCCUCCAGCCUCAACUUCUCCCCACUUUCCAGCCCCGGGUCGUCACGCUCGCAGACCCCAGAGCGGGUCUUCAAAAAACCACGAGAAGAUGAGGCGCUCUCUCCCAGCUUUGCAUCUUCACCGAAUUCUGAUGGGAUAGUGAUGGACCAGACUGCAGCCCCAGGCAAGCUGACGCAGAUGCCCGAGCCCCCUGCCCCAAUAACCUCGCGGGAUUCCGGUGGGAGCGAUGGCAAGCGCAAGCGGAAGGUCCAGCUGGUAUCCAGCCGCAGGGGUGACCACAUCUCCCUGCCCCCUCCUCCGGAGCUGGGCUACACAGUGACAGUGAAGGACCUGGACUUGGAGAAGGCCGCGGCCCUCAAGCAGAUCAAGAAGGUCCUGGAAGAGCCAGAGCCAGUGAAACCUGUGGCACCCUCCAGCGUGCUCUCCUUUCUCACACCCACGUCCAACACGUCGCCACCCGCCCCCAUCAGCCUGCUGUUGAGCUCUGCCCCCGCUCCAGUCUGCACGGCCACCCCAGCGCCUACCCUGACCCUUGCCCCUGCCUCUGAGGCCACCUCGGCCAACGCUCUCAACACCACACCGGCCCCGGCGGUUCCAGGCAUCGCCCCUGCCGCCAGCUCGGCCAACCCGCUGCUGGAGUCGCUGAAGAUGAUGAAGAGCAGCCCGGCGCCCAGCCCUGCUGUCAGCAGCCCAACAGGCCCUGCCGUGACCUCGGCAGUAACGAGCUUGUUGGCUCCAGCCACCGGCGUCAAGGCGGAGCCCAGCCUGAGCGCGGCCCAGCCAGUUCCCACGGCCCUGCCGCCCAGCUCCCUGGCCAUGUCCGCUUUCGCUCAGGUGCUGGCUCAGCCCCUCAAGCCGCCUGAUACCACCGCAGCCACGGCAAGCAUGACGUUCAGCCUGGGCACGCCCUCUGCUGCCACCAUAUCCGCCACCGUGGCACCGGGGUUAGCUAUCGGUACCAGCAUCAGCAGCAGCGGAGGCAACAACCCACUGCCGUCUGCCUUCAAGCCCAUUUUUGGUGCUGCCACCAGCGCCCCCACCGUCGCCGUCACCUCCACCACCGGGGCGGCGCCAGCAUCCUCAUCAGCAGGUGCCCCGGUCGUCUCCUCCUUCAAGCCCAUCUUUGGGGACCCCUCCGCCAGCUUCCCCGCUUUCGGCCAGCCGCCGUCCUCCAUUGCCCCGGCGUCCACGGCGCCGUCGUCCAGCAGCUCCACCAUUAUCAGCAGCCUCUCCGGCACGGUCACUUCGGCUGCCCCUGUGACAGUCAAGCCUCUUUUUGGCGGCUGGAACGCCACGCCCGCUUCUGGCACAUCCUCCUCCACCACCACCGCCCCAGCCACCGGAAUCUCCUUCCAGUUCGGCGGCACUCCUGCCAGCACCGCAUCGCUGUCCCUGAGCACGACCACAUCCACCUUUCAGUUCGACCCGGCGACGACAUCCACCUCCGCCCCACAGGCUGCUCCCCAGCCCGCCCUUCAGGGGGGCUUCACGUUCAGCCAGUCAGGCAACCAGACGGCCACCACCGGGUCCUUUGGUGGCUUUGGCGUGACCAGCGUGGCGACCGCGACGACCACAACCACCGCAUCGGCAUCAGGAGGCCAGUCGCUAUUCACCUUCGGAAAGCCCUCGUUCGACGGGCCCGUCCAGACUGGCUCCGCCCCUCCAGCUGUAAGCAAGCCUUUCCCCUUUGGAGGCAGUGGGCCCACACCGUUCAGUUUCGGCACGGCGGCGUCUACUUCCACGGCCACGUUUGGCACCCCGAGUCAGCCGGCGUUCGGUGGGGGGACGUCGACUUUCCAAUUCGGCGGCACCUCUGCUCCAUCCGGCGCUUCAGCUUUCGGCACGGUCACCCAGCCGCCUGUGCCCACCUUCACCUUCGGAGGAGCGUCGUCCGCCCAGCCUGGCGCUUCCGCUGCCGCCCAACCGAACACCGGAGGCUUCGGUUUCGGUGCGGCUGCCCCGGACACGCAGUUUGGAGCCCCAGCCCCAGCUAACCCCACCACUCAGACUGCAGGCUUCGCCUUUGGCGCCAGCAGUGCCAAGGACAGCAAGCCAGCCUUUGGGAACUCCUUUGGAUCUCCGAGCGUAAAUUUUAGCGGAACGUCAACCCCUGCAUUCGGGCAGAACGCCACCAUGCCCUUCACCAGCCCCGGCACACAGACCCCCGGCUUUGGUGCGCUGGCCUCCUCGCCGUUCGGGGCUUCGACUGUGGCUUUCUCCAUCGGCUCGUGCUCGAAGCCCGCCGGAGCCCGCCAGCGUCUUCAGGCUCGAAGGCAGCACCCAAGGAAGAAGUAGUCGGGGGGACCUUUGCUCUGACCUUUGACCCCCGACGGUUACCCACCUGACCCCCCUCUCCACCGCAUCCCAAGGCCGGGCCUGGCCACGAUUCAGAAGACGACCUUCCAGUCUCAACACUGUUACCAGUGACCGAGCGGGCCCCCCUCAUCCAACCCCCUUAGCCACCGUGAGGAGCCGGGGUCCCGCAGGCGAUGGAAUACGGCACAUAUUACUUGAACAAUUCUAGUCUUGGAUGGAGCCGGUUCCCUUUCCCUCUGGCCCCCUCACUCCCUGUCCAUCUGUCAUUCUCCAUCAUGACGACUAGGCUGAAGUCGGGUCUCUUGAUUUGACUGCUUCGUGGCAGGAUGUGAGGGGGGAGAGGGCAACCUCCGGCUUUCGUGUGCAGGGAGCCAGCGCGUCUCCAGGGGCGUGGCAAUAUAGCAGGUGCCGCGGUUUGUUUUUCUUUUAUUGUUUUUCCGUUUGCCGAAUAGGAUUUAUCGCUAUGCAGCCCACCUAAACGGCUCGACGUCUACAGAGGGGUCAGCACUGACAUUUCUGACAGCAGAAUCUGUCGCGCGCCGUAGGCGAGACGUAUUUAUAGCACGGUAUGGCGAUCGCUUCUCAAGUUUGUUGUUUUCCCAAAGAGCAAUUUCAUGAUUUUGUUUCUUGGCAUCAGUUAAAUAGUUAGCAUAUUUUAGAAUAAAUCUCAUUACGCUUCACAAGGUUAACGAGAUUUUUUUUUUUUUGUUUGUUUGUUUUGCUGCAGCUUAAUGACGUUUCAUAGAGGCUGUAUUUUAAAAAUGGCAAAUGGGGGAUUAUUUUCCAAGCACUCAAACCGUCCUUGCUGUUUUUUUUUCUCUUUCGAAAGCCCUGUUACAGUAGAGACCUGUGACACAGACAUUCUCUGUCUCUCUCGCUUGUUCUUUCUUUCUCCCUCUCUCUCUUCUGGCCUAUGCCUGGCUCUCUGAAAAACCAAAGCCCUCCCAGUUCUUUGCAAUGCCAUUACAAGCAAUGCCUGUUGUUCACUGUUCAGAUUUGCCACUGUCAACACGAGCUGCUUUAUUCUAGACUACCUCUCUGUCUUUCACACACACUGUCUGGCUCCCCUCUCCUCCCCCCAGUCUUUGGCCCUGGCUCAUCUUAUUUAAUAUGAAAUAAAUGAGGGGGAAUUGGCCAUCUCUUAGCUGGUGCUGUAAACUCCCAGCAUGCAUCACACCUGACUGGGUGUCGCCACUCUCGCUGCUUUCAUGGCGUAUGACCCAGACCACUUCAGUAAAUAGAGGUGACUAUUUCUUGAAUCUUAUUCUCAUUUUCCCUCUGUCUCUUUCUCUAGUGCUCACUCUCUCUCCCUCUCUCUCUCUCUCUCUCUCUCUCUCUCUCUCGUGUUUCUUUUUCUUUGUGUAGCUGCUAGUUUUCCCCUUUGCUUAAGAUCCACUUUGAAAAGUGUUUCUUGUAUUUUUUCAUAUUACUCAGCCUCAGGGAGUCCAGUUUGAAGGAAACUGGUAGUGAAUGGCGGCACAUUGGUAGUGCCGGACAUGGACUUACCUGCAGAGUGGGGUGGGGGGGAUGGCACAUUUUGGGGGGGGGGUGCAAGUUAAUGAAUGAGUCAGGCUUUGUAUAUCUAUAUAUUUGGUAACUGGUUCUUUUUCGUUUUUUUAACUGUUCAUUAUGAAUCAAACAUGAAUGGAUUGUUUGAACUGGAUUCAGCAGCUGCCUAGUUUUCAGUUUGACUAUCUACAAAAGCAUGGAAUCCCUCAAAAACUGUUGUUGGAUUAUUUGAACUUUUAUUGAUCCCAGAGGGAAAUUCUUGAAAUCGAAGCUGGAUACUUAGUCAUGCGUCGUGGAUGAUUUGUUAUUUUGUAUAAGUGGGAAGGUUAUUAGUUUAACAGCAAUGGUGUUUUUGUUUUGGUUUUUUGAGUAUAUAUGAGAGCCUUUCUAAAUUUAGUCCGUAACUCAGCAGCUGCUGACUUGCAAGAGCAGUAUGAAUGUGGGGAUGAUUGGCAAAAUACAGGCAACAGAUGUUCAAAUCAGAAACAAAUUAUUUUUGUACUAAAGCAGGUUGCCUUUAGAGUUCCUUCAAGCUUGGCUCACUGAGGCAGUAUGUUUACAAAAAUCAUUUUUGUAAUUAGGAUUUUUUUUUUGACUUUUAGUUGGAAGAAUAGAAGUGUGUCGGUUUUUGUCGGUGUUGUGCUUUGUAAUGUGAACCAGUGUUUCCCAACACGGUGCUCGGGGACCUCCAGACGGUGUACUUUUUUUUUUUUUUUGCUCCCUAUCAGACAGUCCACAUUUUUGCUCCCUCCCAAACAUGGACAGUCUGGCGGUCCCCGAGGACCGGUUUGAGAAACACUACUGUGAACGAGCAGUUGGUCUGCUGCGGUCUGCCUGGGUACUGUUGACAUUGCUGUAGAUUUUCUCCCUGUGGUCUUUUCCCUUGGCAUACUUCACCCUAUCUGCCCUGGGGAGGGGGUGGGCAUUUACUCCCUGCCAUCACACGCUCGGCACUUCUCUGGGCUCGGAGUCCCUGGUAGCUGCUACACUCACAAAUCGCAUCGUGAGAGAUGUGCCCAGUAGGAGACGUUGACCAUGUUUUGGUGUACACCCUCUUCAGUCUUACUUGGACAUCCUACUAGUAGACGUAUCGUCUUAGUUUCAAAACUGAAACCCAUUUUUUGGAUUCCCUUGGCAACAACAAACUGAAUCAUUUACCUGUCUGCUGUGAGGGAAGGGAAAACAAAUGAAUAAUAUGGUAAUUGAAUUGGUGACUAUCUUUAAAAAUGAACUUUUUUUCAUGUUUCAUGUUACAAAAUGUUUGCCCUCAGUAAAUAGAUCACAGAAAAUUCAUAAUGGGUGUGACUAUCCAUUGCCAAUACCACAGUGACAUUUCCUGUUUUAAAAUUCUCUUUUUAAAAAGCUAGACUAAAAAAAAAAAGCCUGCUGCACCUACUUUGAUUUGCUCCAUGAGCUGGUUCAUCGGGCAAAACUAAUACUUCAUAUUUCAGUGAACUCUUAUGCCCAGUAAAUGUUGGAUCUCAGACAUAGCUGCCUGUACUCUUAAAGUUUUGAAUAGUAGCAGAACUUCAUAAGGACCUCUCCACGGCUUUGUCUCCUACCCGACCUACUUUUGUGUGGCUGUUUGUAAAUACGCAGAGGUGUGCUUAGUGUUGAUUGACCAAGGGACUAGAUCUUAAUCACUUUUGUAAUCCACAAGUAUCCGCUGGUAACUUAGGGCAGUGUUUCUCAAUCCAGUCUUCUGGGACCCCACCAAACAUAGGAGCUGGGAGGGAGCAAAAAUGUGGACCGUCUGGGAGGGGUGAUCCUCAAGGACCGGGUUGGGAAGCACUGACUUAGGGUACACUUGACUGUUCUGCUAGAGUGCAUAAUUGCUGGAUUCCUUGGGAGUAGAUAAUUUUGGGAGAGUGGAGAUAUGACUGACCUGGAGAAUAUAUGUAUUUGUGGAUGUUGCUGUGUAUGUAUUUGUAUGUAAGCUACUGUGGUUGUAUUUUUCCCCCAUUAUGAUCAUUCCCACUAGACUGGGAGAAGAAUGAAUGUGCAGACCUGUGCAGUGUAAUAUUUCCCUACGCUUAUGUUAUCAAAAUGUGGUUUUGAAUAAAAAUGUGAUGACAAA